UCAGCUAAUGAAAUCCGACAGAGGUAGGUUGCUUCUUCUCUGUCGUAUAAGCUUGCUACUAUGACUCUAGAGGCCGAAGACCAGAAUCGAUCAAGUACCACCAUUCCAGAUGGCCCAGAAGUUGACAGCAUUAAAUCCUCUCGGCCCCCGAACUCAAGUCGGCUUCUCGAGGAUUCUCGUGCCACGGUACCUUUCAAGUACAUUCAGUCCUACUCGUCUCACACAUAAAUAUGAGCACCCUUCCGCCUUGAAGUCACCCAAAAUUUUAUUCAAUCAUCAUCACCAUCAUGUCUGAACAGCUCACUCUAUACCUCCACACGCUCUCGCCCUACAGCCAAAAGGCCGAAUUAGCUCUCAUCGAAGCUAACGCACCCUACACGGGCUACCAAGUCGAUGUAUUCAAUAAACCAGAGUGGUUUGUUAGCAAAGUGAACCCCGUUGGCAAGGUGCCCACCGUAGCAUAUGGAGGACCCAGCGUCAACCCCGACGAACCUUCAGCCGCUUCCAGUAAAAUCACAGAAUCGAAUGUCAUCCUCGAGUUUUUGGCGGACCUCUAUCCAAACUCUGGUCUCCUGCCAAAGGAUCCUGUUUCGCGCUCCAAAGUCCGUUUGUUCCUUGAUGCGAAUAGUAAAUCCAUCGAGGAGCCGCUCUACGCCUUCCUCGGAGGGGCGGGGUCAUAUGAGAACGUCUUGAAGGGCAUUGAAGUUAUCCAAGGAUUUCUCGAAGAGGACGCAGAUUUCGCAGUUGGAGUUCAUUACACCAUUGCAGAUGCCUCCAUCUCGCCGCACAUCGCAAGGCUCAGGGUUAUCACCGAGACUGACGCAGGGCGAUUCCCUGCCGGUAUGGGAAUCAAGCUGGGUGAGGAGUUAAAGGGACCCAAGUUCGCUAAAUUCACGAAAUACGCCGACCGAGUAUUGCAGCGUGCAAGUUUCAAGCAAACCUUUGAUCAGGAGGGUGUGGCCACAUUCUUCAAGGCGUUUUACGCGCGCGCACAGUGAACAUAUACAUAUACCUGCUAAAAUAGAAUUAGCUUCGUACGAUAUAGCUUACUCAGUGUUAGAAAUUUGCAGAAUAUCCAGACGAAU